UGGCUUUGGUUGCAUGGUCCAUUUCGCGGAAAUGCCUGCAGAAGACUAAUGAAAUAGUCAUAAUAUUUUAGGGAUAAUAUGCACAUCUACCAAAAUAGAAAUAGAAUAAGAUAACAAAUGUAAGAAAUUGUCAAGGGGACAGUGUCCCUUAACCAUAUGAAAAUAUAUUAAAGGGUCUAUUUUGAAGGGUUAAUUACAACAAGUUAAGUUCCAAUGGAGGCGGUCGAGAACCUGAUGGAGGAUGCUCGAGUGGGUAAUAUUGAUGCUUUGUAUGAGCUUCUACGUUCAACGCCAUUUAUACUGGAGAGCUUUGAACAUGUACAGUUUAUGGAUACACUUCUCCAUAUAGCAGCCUCCGAAGGGUGUACACACUUUGCUAUUGAAAUAAUAAGCUUAAAGCCUUCGUACACCGAUGGAUUAAGCCCCCUGGACUUGGCUUUGCGCAAUGGACACAGAGAGACUGUGUCAAGGAUGGUUCAAGUUAACCCCGAGCUCAUCCGAGUGAAAGGAAAAAGAAGAAUAACACCUUUGCAUUAUGUAGCUCAAACAGAUGAUGUAGAUCUUUUGGUUGAAUUUUUACUAGCUUACCCUGCAUCUAUUGAGGACUUGACCAUUUGCGAUGACACUGCAGUUCAUAUUGCUGUGAAAAAUAGGAAGGAAAAAUCAUUCAACGUCCUCUUGGGAUGGCUUCAGCGGACUGACUAUUCGGAUUUACUGGACUGGAAGGAUGAGGCUGGGAAUACAGUUCUGCAUGUUGCAGCUUCUACAAACCAACCCCAGGUUGUAAGAAGAUUGAUAAAGAGAGUUUACACACUUAAUGAAGUUAACACAGAAGGGUUGACAGCAUUCGAUGUUGUCCUAAGGCUGCCAAUUGAGUCAAGCAGAGAAAUUAAGAAAGUUUUGCACAAGGCAGGAGUAUGCAGAGCAUCAUUACUGCCCUCGGUCUAUAGCAAGGCGCAAUUUCUCAGUUCAAAAGAAUACAUAUCUUAGAAGGUAGUGAAGCUCCACGCGUUUCUCUAUAUUGGUUUACCAGAAGACAUGCGCAACGUGCUUCUAGUGGUUGCAGUGCUAAUUGCCACAACUUCUUACCAAGCUGUAUUGAGUCCCCAGGAGGAUUUUAUUUCAGUAAUAAUGAUGAUGGAAAGUUACAACUUUCUUUAAGCAAUGGACAAGUACAAAUGCCCCUGAGCUAUUUCAUAUCAAUGUUUUCAAUUUUGGGGGAUACUUAUAAAACCAGUUUAAUGAGUGCAGGUUGCGCUAUAUGUAUCAUUUCUUCGCUUUUCUUAUUCUUCCUGAUAAUAAUGACAAAGCUGUGGGUGGAUGCGCCAGGAUCGCUGCUUCUUGAUUGUUUCACACACCGAAAAACUGGUUCUGAUCGAAUGCAGUAUCGCUUGGUGGCUAAGAAGUAUUCAUUACAAGUUGGUCAUAAGUGUAAAGGGAUCCAUUAUAAUGAUAACAUUGGGAUUUUGCACAACCUUGCAUUUAGAGAAUGAUGUACCUAAGAUCAUGGCUUUUCCAACAAGAAGGAUCUUCUUUCUUCUGUAUUUUCAAACUCACAUAAUAAACAUGAUUCGAUCAAGAAAAACAUGAACCUGCAUCAUGUUGGGUAUGCAAUGAAAAGUCUCACAGUGAUAGCUGAAAAAAUUGUUAAGCUACAUUCAUAUAAGGUUUGACCUUUUGUGUA